AUGAAAGCAAAACGAUUAUUAAUUGCAGGAGAAGAAGAAUUUAAAAAAGCUAUGUUCCCUGAAUCACCUUUUGGCAUUGCUGAAAACCGAUUUCCAACACCUGAUGAUGCUGCACUUGGUGCAUGGUAUUCAUUAGAAAAAGCUCAAUAUCCAACAUAUUUUGCAAUGCGUGAAAAAAGAAAGAAAGCUUAUAUGGAUUGUGCAUAUGAUAGUGAUGUUGUUAAAGAUGCAUUAAAAGCUCUUGAAGGUCGAAUUAAACUUUAUGUUUACAUUAGUACAGAUUCUGUCUAUGAAGUUUGUCUGCCGACUUCAAAUAGUCUUUCUAGUGAAAUUGAUAGUAUUCGACCAACAAAUACGGAUGAAUAUGAACGAUUACGAAGAAAAGAUUCAUAUGGUCAUAAAAAAUUAAAAAUUGAAGAAUAUUUAUCUCAAUGGCAAUCAAAAUCAAAUGAUAAUUGGUUCUAUGUUAUUCUUCGUCUUCCUGAUGUACUUGGUCCACGUGAUUCUACAGAUCGUUGGUGGUUUUAUCAAAUGUGGAUACAAUUUUAUACUUCUAUACAAAAGACUCUAGAAAUAUCAACAAAUCUCCGUUCAUCUUAUGUUUAUGUUAAUGAUGUAGCACGUUAUCUAACUCAUAUACUUUCAAUAACAUUUCUUGAUUCAUCAACAAUCUUUUACAAUCAAAUACUCAAUAUAGGUUGUACAGAAAUUGUGUCAAUCAAUGAUUUAUUAUCUAUGAUAAUUGAUGAAUUAAAUUUAAAUAUAUUACAUAUUCCAAUCAAAUAUAAUCCAAAUACUGAGGCUGAUCUUUUUCCUAGUGUAACACGUGGUGGAAUAAAUAUUUCAAAAGCAUUAUCGAAUCAAUUCAAUUGGAAACCAACACCAUUAAAACAAGUUGUUCGAGAAACAAUUCAAUGGUAUAAUGAUGCUUAUGAACAUUAUCCAAAUGAACGUUCUACUAUGGUUAAACGAAUUCGACGAACUUUAUUAAACAAUGAUGAAAAUGCUUAUGGCAAGUUUCUAUAUGAUGUUAAUCAAUAUUCUACACAAACUAUACUUAAACGUAAACGAGAAGAAGAAAAGAAAAUUCUUAUUGUUGAUUAUGGUGAUAAUCGACAAGAAAAACUUUUUAAACAUAAUGAUGAAAUAUAA